AUGGAGACAGUGAAAAUUAACGUGGGGGGCUCGGUGUUUGAAACAUCGGCUGUGACUCUCUCUCGAUACCCAAAUACUUUAUUUGGAAGACUAACAAAACAAUCGAAGUUCUACGACAGCACAAGAAAGUCUUAUUUCUUCGACAAAAAUCCUAACGUAUUUCUAUCAAUUUUGGAUUUGUAUCGUACGGGCACCCUACACUUUCCUUCGUUCUAUUGCAGCACCGUAAUAAAACAGGAACUGGAUUUUUGGGAACUUUCACCCAAUAUGCUUUCAGAUUGCUGUCUGCAACAAUAUAUCCAAUCAGAGGCCGACAUCCAGACGACACAGAAGUUAAGACAGACUUUUGAAGAAUAUGAACUGGAUUACACUGAAGAGGAAUGUCGUACAAGUCAAGUCAAAAGAAUUCUCAGGAAGAUAUGGCUGACAUUGGAGGAACCAUCGUCAUCAAGAUUAGCUAAGGUUUUUAACUACAUUUUCCUGGUCUUUGUAAUUAUUUCAAUGGUGACCUUUGUGUUAGGUUCACAUCCGCCAUUCAGAGAGGAGAAGCUAUCAUAUGAUAGACUUUCAUUCGUUAUUGCAAACAGAAGCAUUCGCUUUUUCAAAGAACUCAAUUUGCAGAACCCCAAAGAAGUCAUGCUUGGAACAUCACUCCCUAACGAAGCACUAAGGCACUGCGAAAUAUUCACCUCCGUCUUCUUCACGGUUGAACUAAUUUUUCAUUUCAUAUCUUGUCCAAGAAGAUUGAAAUAUUUUCGAUUACCUUUAAACAUCAUUGACCUUCUCUUGGUGGUUGCCAUGUGGGUAACCUUUAUUCUCGAAAAGGAUCUGGGGUUUCUGGUGAAGCAUUAUGAAGUAGUGCAAUUCUAUUUAGUGAGCAGGUCCUUAAUAGUUUUGCGGCUAUUUCGGGUGUUUAGACUGAUGAAGCUGUACUCCGGUUUGCGAAUAAUGAUGAUGUCGAUACGGGCUAGCUUCGAAGACCUUCUUCUUCUCUCCUUGACGUUUCUUAUCGCUUCACUAUUCUUUGCAAGUUUCAUCUACUAUGCUGAAUUCUACGUGGCAGACACCUUCUCGGAUAUUUUCAUCGGGAUAUGGUGGUCUGUGAUUACAAUGACAACCGUGGGGUACGGAGACACGUUUCCAAAGUCUACAUUUGGUUACAUUGUUGGAGGGGCGUGUGCAUUCUCUGGGAUGCUUAUUUUGGCCAUGCCUGUAGCCAUCCUCACUACAAACUUCAGCGAUCUUUAUCAUAAAAACAAACUACAACAGAUGAAGAAGGCACUUGUUAAUAAAAAAAAGCAAAGUUGUUCACAAAGUACACUUACCGAGCUCAGGUGUACAUCCAAUUCACGACAAUGGGAACCAUUCAGUUAUCAAGACAUGUAACUGGUAAUACGAGGUAUA